UGUUGAAAGCUUUUCACUCACAAACCCCUCGAGCACAAGGGGAUGGCUCUGCACAGUUUCAUUCUCUGGGUCUCACUAGCCUCAUUGAUGAAUGCUGCUGGAGUUUAUGCUGACUGCUGGCUCAUUGAAGGGGAGAAAGGAUUUGUGUGGCUGGCCAUUUGUAGCCAAAACCAACCACCAUACGAAUCCAUUCCUCAGCACAUCAACAAUACCAUAGUGGACCUCCGGCUGAAUGAGAACAAGAUCAAAAGUGUCCAGUAUUCCUCGCUCAGCAGGUUUGGUAACCUGACAGAACUCAAUCUGACCAAGAAUGAUAUUUCCUACAUUGAGGAUGGAGCCUUCUCCGCCCAGUAUAAUCUACGUGUUUUGCAACUGGGAUUCAAUAAACUUCGGAACAUCACUGAGGGAAUCCUGCGGGGGCUGGGCAGGCUCGAAUAUCUCUAUCUCCAGGCCAAUCUUAUUGAGGUGGUGAGCCCCAAUUCCUUUUGGGAAUGUCCCAACAUUAUGAACAUCGACUUGUCCAUGAACCGGUUGCAAACCUUGGAAAGCUCCACGUUCCUAGGUCUCAGCAAACUCACCACUUGUGAACUCUACGGCAAUCCAUUUUAUUGCUCCUGUGAUCUGCUGGGCUUCCUGAAAUGGCUGGUACAGUUCAACAACACCACCAGGAGUUAUGAUCGGAUGCAGUGUGAAUCGCCAUCUCGUUAUGCAGGCCAUGCCUUGCUGAGCCAAAGCCAGACACAAAGCGCCUACAGCUUGCUUGUCUCAACAUGUGAUGACACCAACAUCUUUGACCCCAAGUUCAUGCCUACCCAGAUGCCCUCAACCACGACCACCUCAGACAGCCCUUGUGGAGCUGAAGACUGCUCCUCAGGUGAUGAUCCCACUCCCAUUAUAACCUUCCACUCCCCUACCCGUGAAACACGUGCACCAGCAAUAAAGGUGGAGCAGGUUACCUACACAAGUGCCACUUUGUUGGUGCAGAUUCCCCGGCCGUUCAGUAAAAUGUACAUCCUGGUGCAAUACAACAACAGCUUUUAUGCAGAUAUAAAGAAGUUGCAAACAGAGCAAGAGGUAAUUAAGCUGGACAGGCUCCAGCCCCACACUGCCUACACAUACUGUGUGGCUUCUAUCCGGAAUGCCUUAAGAUACAAUCAAACCUGUGUCACGUUCUCUACAGGAAGUAACAAGACGAGAGGCACUGUGCCCCCACCAUCAACUGCCACGCACUACAUUAUGACUAUCCUUGGCUGUCUCUUUGGGAUGGUCAUAGUGCUCGGCCUGGUGUAUUACUGCCUUCGCAAGAAGAGACAACAAGAGGAAAAGCACAAAACACCCGGCAGCAUGACGAAGACUGCCAUUGAGCUGAAGUAUGGAGGGGAAAUGGAAGCCAGCGCUAUCUCUCACUUAGUUCAGAAACCAAUGCCAGCCUCUGAGGCUGCACCCAGGAUGCCUUUCCUGCCAUCGUCAGGGGACACAGAGUCACAUAAGCUCCAGGAGCUGAGUGAAACGCCCAAAACCACUAAGGGCAACUAUAUUGAAGUGAGAACAGGGGAGCAUUCUGAUCGGAGGGACCUGGAAGGAGGUGGACAAGGCCGGAGUUCUGCAGCAGAGAUCUCCACCAUUGCCAAAGAAGUGGAUAAGGUGAACCAGAUCAUCAAUAACUGCAUUGAUGCACUGAAAUCAGAAACUGGCUCUUUCCAAGGAGGAAAGGCUGGGGCCAUGGCUUCAAUGGACCCUCAAGUGUUAAUGAUCACUGAGCAACCCCAGAGCAAGGCCGGAUUCCUGUCGCCCAUUUCAAAGGAGAGUUACCAUCCACUGCAGAGGCACAGCAGUAUUGAAGCCACCCCGAAACGCCCCAGCACCUCCUCCAGCGGCUCUGCAAAAAGUCCCAGAUCCUUCCACUCUGACUCCUCGGUGCCAGGGCACGCCUGCAGAUCCGAGGCACAGUACAUCGAGAAAGCUUCUCCGAUCGCGGCAAGCAGCCCAGCCACAAUCCCACGGGUGCAGCAGCGCAGUGAGCACCGCCACACAUACCCAGGCCGGCGCCAGACUGAGCAGCCACCGCCAGAGGGGCCGAGCGGCCGCAGCAAGCCCUCCAUCCUGGAGCCGCUCAGCCGAUCCCGGCGGGAAAUGCCAUACUCCCAACUCUCACCUCAGUACCAUAAUCUCAGCCACACAUCUAGCCCAGAGUACAGCAGCAAGCCGCCACUGGGAAUCUGGGAACGCUUCAGACUGCACAAGAAGAGGCACAAAGAAAGAGAGGAAGAGUACAUGGCAGCGGGACAUGCCCUAAGGAAGAAGGUGCAAUUUGCCAAGGAUGAGGACCUACACGAUAUCCUCGAUUACUGGAAGGGUGUCUCCAAUCAGCACAAAUCUUGAGUCCUCAAGCUAUUAAGAGACUAAAAUUGGACCAAAAAAAACACAAAAACUUUACAGCUGCUGUUUUUAACCUGACCAGCUCUACUGUUCUUAGAAACUUUAGCCUCUCUCAUAAGUUUGUGCACCAAAAUCCUCCAAACUGAAUUCUAAUACCUGUACAAAGAAUUUCUCUUUCUUUAAUUAUAUAUAUAAUAUAUAAAUAUAUAAAGGACACCCAGAAGCCUUGGAAUAUUGGAUGUUAUUUAUCGCAUGACUCUGUCCUGUGACUGUGACUCACUGUACUGUACAUGGGGCAUUGUUCGUUGUACAAUGUACACCGUGACUGGACUGUGCCGUGUAAUUGUAGCUCACACACCGCUCACACCUUGCAUUGUACAGUAAUAUUUACCAGUAAAUCUUCCCCUUUACCCCUGCAGUUCUGUACAGAUAAAUUUCUAUAUUUGCAAUGAUGUUUCUGGAUUCUUUCGCUGGUUUGUGUCAGGUUUUAAUUUUAGUCAGAUUUUACGGAACAGCCUAUUUGUUUCCCAUUGAAUGUCUGACAACUGGCCCUGAUCAUUGGAUAAAACUGGACUGAUGAAAGAAAUCGACUGAGUGGUUUCUUCUGACACAUUUUCUUUCUGUCUCAUUGGUCCAUGUCAUUUGCUCUCUCAGAGAGACUAAUGUCCUCACUGUCAAUGGGACUCAAAACUCACCAUAUCCUAUGGGGGUCAGGCUGGUUCUGUAGGAGGCGACAUUGUAAAGUUUAAGUGAAGUUUUGGAGUACUAUUCAAGAUCCUAGCCUUCCUAUUCUGGAAAGGUUAUAGAUGUACUGGAGAAGGUGAAAAUGAAUUCAUGCUGAAGAAACCAGAACUGAAAUAAAGUACUGUACUUAUUAGAGAAAGCACAACAAGCUGGAACUUUAUUUUGGAAAAGAGAGCUGAGAGUGACAUGAAAAUUAUCUUAGAAGUUUGAUAGGUUAGACUUAAAUUAGAAGGAAAUGUUUCAACUUAUUGGAGAGAGCAGAAAUAAGGUCAGAAAGAUAACAAAUCCAAUCCCAGAUAUUGGUUAGAAUUAUGUAACUCGCUACCAUGUAGUCAUAGAGCUGAAUAGCAUAGAUACUAUGGGCCUCAGAAAAGCACAUAAGGGAGAAAAAACCAGAAGGAUCAGUAGAUACUGUUACGUGAAGAGGAGUGGAACAGGGCUUGUGUGGAUGGCUCGUUUGGGUUGACUAGCCUGUUUCUGUGCUGCAAAUAUCUAGUAAUACUUUGUUGUACACCUCAUCUGAUUUUGUUUCAUGUUAAAUCUCACCUUUUAGCUGCGCCAAAGUUAAAUUUACCCCUACUCUCCCUCGCAGUGGUUAUUGUAUGUAGCUUUUGUAAAGUAAUUGGAUUAAUAGAUAUCACCUUCACCUAUUCAGCUAUUUUCUAAGUGCCACAAUGCCCGUGUUAUGUACAUAUUGGAAAAAAGCCUGUAACUCUUCCUGACUCUGUGAAUGAGGAAAGAAAGAACUCCUUUCAGUUAUAUAGUGCCUUUCACUACCUCAGGACAUUCCAAAAUGCCAAGUAUUAUUGAAAUGCAGUUACUGCUGUAAUUCAGAAAACAGCAACAAUUUGUGCACAGCAAGGAUCCACAAAACAGUAGUAAGACAAUAUCAAAAUAAUUUCUUUUUAGUAAUGUUGAUUGAAGGGAUACGUAUUGACAAAAUUUCCAGGGAUAGCUCUUCUACUGUUCCUCAAAAUAGGCAGUUGGGAUAUUUAGGUCUCAACUUGUGUUUAUUGAUGUAUGAUCAUGAAGACUGCAUCUUAUGACUGCCUUUCUGAACAAUUCAGUCACUCAGCCAACUAAAUCAAAAGGUAAUGGCUCUAAACCCUACUCAUGACCUUGUUCUGGAUAACAUAUUAAUCCAAGGUCUCGUGUCUGAGAUUCAGGUAGAUUCUCGACAUCCAAUGGCAAUAUUUAGCUAAGAACAUAUGGAUUCUGCUAGCUUCCUCAAAAAAAUGUUAAAAACAGAUUAAUUGUUCAUUUGUCUCAAUGCUGAUUGUGGAAUCUUACUAUGCAUAAAAUUGCACUGUUAAAAGCAAUUGGGAUAGAUCUUGACUUUGUGCAUUGGUAUAAAAUGGUUUUCUUGAAAGAAAAUAGUAUUUGAAAGAUUUAAAAUCUGCAGCCUGUUUUAGACUACCAUGAAGAGUUACCAUCUACCUGUGAGAUGAUUAUAAAAAGUGAUAAGGCACAACAGAGAUCGAUAAGAUAGCACAGGGUCAGACCAUACCACUGUGUUGAUUUGACUGAGCUCAGUUUCUAGGAGAAAUAAUAUCCCAUGAUAGCUCUCAGAGCUUUCUAUCAAAUAUUUUACCAGGUACAUUCCUUGACAGACUACUACAUAGUCUGUGCAUAAGUCAAAAUUCUUUUGACCUCCCUUCCUCUAAUGCUCUCUUGAAGUAUCUGUAAUUGUGUGAAACAUAAUGUUGCUUAUCUUGUCUAUAUCCUGCAAAAUAAAA